UUGCUCCCCACGUUCCCCACGUGGGACUAAACUAUGGCGGACGAAAUGUUGUAAUCGUCCAAAUGAGUUGAAAAUCAAAUCAAUUUGUCGCCAUGGGGAAAGACAAAAAGGCAAAAAAGCGUUCAACCGGUUUGACAGAAGACAUCCUUGAAUCAAAGACGGUGAGACCUUCAGGGAGGUCUAAACGACGAAGGGAAAGGCAAGGAGAAUCAGAUGACACGUAUGUUGAAGAAAAACUAUCAAGAAGGAUUCUAGAACAGGCUCGAAAACAGCAAGAUGAAUUAGAAGCAGAGUUUGGAGUGAGCUCUGGUUCAAGAAAAUCACUGAAAACAGCACAGACAAAGCUUGGUCCGCCUGAUUUACAAAACCUGGAGGCUGAUGAGUUAGAUUCCGAUGACGAUGAUACGGCAUCAGUGGCCAGUAAACAGUUCUAUGAAAAUAUUGAAGUUGAUGAAGAAGAUGAACAAGCAUUUGAAGCAUUCAUGUCUAAAGAUACACCUGCCAGAAGAACUCUGGCCGAUGUGAUAAUGGAAAAAAUUCAGGACAAGAAGACAGAAAUAGAGUCACAGAUGUCUGAGAGAUCCACAGCUCCUCAGAUGGAUGAAAGGCUUGUUCAAGUUUUUAAAGGAGUGGGACAAAUCCUGGCUAAAUACCGAUCUGGAAAGCUGCCCAAGGCUUUCAAAGUUAUACCAUCUCUGACAAACUGGGAAGAUGUGUUGUAUUUGACAGAACCGGAUAAGUGGAGUGCGGCAGCCAUGUUUCAGGCCACAAGGACUUUUGUGUCAAAUUUAAAUGUCAAAAUGGCUCAGAGGUUCUUUAAUUUAGUGUUACUGCCAAGGGUGAGAGAUGACAUUGCAGAGUACAAGAGACUCAACUACCAUCUCUACAUGUCUUUAAAAAAGGCUCUUUUCAAACCUGCUGCCUUUUUCAAGGGAAUUUUAUUACCCAUGUGUGAGACAAGAACAUGUACCCUUCGUGAGGCUAUCAUUGUUGGAAGUUUAAUCUCCAAGACCAGUAUACCAGUUCUUCACUCAAGUGCAGCCAUGUUGAAGAUUGCUGAAAUGGACUAUUCAGGUGCAAACAGUAUUUUCUUGCGGCAGUUUUUUGACAAGAAAUAUGCAUUACCAUACAGAGUGAUAGAUGCUGUUGUGUAUCACUUUCUCCGAUUUUUAUCCGAUCAGCGUACUCUCCCAGUGCUUUGGCAUCAAAGUUUAUUGACAUUCGUACAAAGAUAUAAGGAGGAUGUGUCCAGUGAACAGAAAGAUGCUCUGAUGGAAUUAUGUAAAGUGCAUGUUCACACUCAGGUAAUCACUGUUUAAUGUGCCUCGAUUUUGGUAGCACAGUGGCCUGAUGGUUAGCUCACUGGACUGUGGAUUGAGUGGCCCAGGUUCAAGCCCUAACCAGGGCUAUUGUGUUGCAUCCUUGGGCAAG